AUGCCAGUCUUCCGACAUGGCACCACGGCAAAUUUAAAUGCAAACUUUAGGGAAGAUCAAACAUGGGUGAAUAGUAGGCCUAAAAACUGGAGACCCUCGACGCGGUCAGCUCGGUUGUCUCAAUCUCGAUCUAGCCCAACCGUGUCAAACGAAGAUCCUAACGAGAGCGCACUCACAUUGGACAGCCCAUUGAAUGGACAAAGCCAAGCCGAACACUACUCGAAUACGCUGAUUUUUGGUUCUGCGGAGCCAAAUGAAAAUUCUCAGAAUGAAUCCUCGCAUGCGGCCAAUGUCUCAAAUUCUUCGGUAUCAUCAGGUAUUGAAAAUGGAUUUGAAAGGGAACAAUUCUAUGUGAGAAGUGGUGGUGAUUUUCGAAAUGCUAAGCUGGAUAGUCUUACAACCACGUCGAGUUCUGUCAACUCUUCUUAUUCUGUCAAUCGGGGUUCGGAACAGGGCUCUAGCAAUGUUCAAGAAGCUUGCUUAAUGCGGUAUUUUAUCGAAGAGCUAUCUCCAUGGUUUGAUCAUUGUGAUGAGCGACGUCACUUUCAACUAGUGGUUCCUCGUCGAGCUAAGUACUGUGCCGCUCUACGGAAUGCGGUAUUUGCGGUAUCAUCCCGACAUCUUUGUCGUUUGCCACAAUACACAACAUUACAAGGAAGUGUUUACCACGGGCAGGCUUUGCCUGGCUUAACAAAGUCGACCUCGCUUGAGUACAUGUUGAAAUGCGUUCCGGAAUUGAUCCAGUUCCCGGAAAUCCAGGAUCCAAUACACCAGGAGAACAUCAUGGCGGCCACUGUGAUUCUACGACAAUAUGAGGAGAUGGAAGAGGAGAUGGAAGAGAUGGAGGAAGGGGAGAUUGGAAACCACGCCAAUGAGCGAGUCAACUUCCUGGCCAUCACGCAAACAAUCAUUGACACCAUGAUUUCAACCCCGCUUGAUCAUUCCCUCGCUACCGCGGCCUACUGGAUUGCCAUCCGACAGGAGGUAUAUUAUGCUUUGACAAGGCAACGGGCUCCGCAGUUCCGUUUUGACUCGGGGCGCUGUCAAAAUGCUUCCGUUGCCAAUACAAUGAUCAUAUUCGCUAGUGAAGUUGCCAAGUGGCGCUGGGGGUUGAAAGAGACUCAUGUAUGGGAGCAACUCAAGGCAAAGCAGCAGCGGCUUCAUUAUGACUAUCUGCAUGAAUUAGCACCAAUUCUGGAGCAAGAUGCCGAUCGAGCCAGAGGGGACAUUUUUCCUACUAUAUGGUACUCUUUUGAUGCCCAGGUGACGGCGAUCCAACAUUUGAAAUUGGCUGAAAUGAUUUUAAUUGCCGAAAGCCCCUAUCUCGAAAAUGCAAGGGGUGCAUUACAUCGUAAAACGGAGGCACAAGUUCGGACUAUCGUCCUAAGUCUUUGUGGCAUCGCAUUAAACCAUCCCCAAUGUCAGCCUGCACUAGUUAAUGCUGUCAUAGCAAUUACCCUUUACGGCGAAUAUUUCGUCCAGCAAGAGGAGCGAGAUGCUCUACUUGAUAUCAUCAACCAGACUAUGAAAUUACAUGCCUGGCCUUUGAGAAAAGCCUACCAGUCUCUACAACGGCAAUGGGAUAUGAUAGAUAAUGUUCAACUUUGA